CCUGCAUCAAGAGCUGCAGGCCUCGCUCUUCGGCCCUGGCGACCACCCCAAUGUCACUAUGCUGGAGCAUAUCCUCGUGACUGCCAUGAUAGUGGGGACGCUUGCGCUGAUGGUGCACAUCUGGGUGUGUCUGAUGCGGUUCUUCCAGUACUACCUCGACACCCUCAUCAGAGAUAGCCCGAACGUCCUACUAGAGAUGACGACAGCUGGUCUCCUUGGCUCAUCCCAGAAAGAGCUGGCUGCUCUCGGGCCACUCACCCGAUUCCUCCGGCAGCAGCAGCCACAGAUCCACAUCACGCUGUGCUGGCUGCUGGCGCUGUGCUACGCCGACUAUAUCAGGAAACACUACUGCACCAGAUUCAACCUGCCGUAUUUGGAACAGUGGCAAGAGGAGCUUCACGCGAUGGCGGGACGGCGCGCUCACGACGCUCUGUCGGCAGCGCACAGUUUCGCAGCGGUAGUGCGAUCACGCCUCCGCAGCCUUGCCCCGCAGCCGCCGACUAACGAGGCUCAUACAGUGUCACGGACAAGGGCUCCCGGACUGCCCUCAGCGGCUGCAGCUCGACGCUGGCGGGCCGCUGCCGAGCCAGCGAGGUGGAGAUGUGCGUGCAUGACGCCAGGGCAGUCUUCGCCGGUGACGAAUUGCAGAAGCUUCGAGCGUACAUCAAGGCGACGCGUUGUUCGUGCGCCGGCGCCGUUAGCAGCACUCGAUGCUCUGUCACUCCGGUGCCCACGCCACCCGGGGCCGCGUCCGAAACGCAGUCGUGCACAGGUGUACGGUCCGCCACAACUAUCUCCUUCGCAGAAGAGUCUCUUAUACGUAGGCGGAGCAACACGUGGUAACAUGCACGCCAGAACGAAAGUAUAUGAACAUAAUCAACCACGCCGGUGCUUACAUAACUUACGUUCUGACGUUUGUUACAUGGAACAAAAGUCUCUCAAGCAGCGACGGAACAACAUAAUUAUAAUAACAAAAGUGUGUCCGAUAUACUUGCAGCCACGCCGUUUCUGCAGUAUAUACAGGACAGAAAUAGUGGCAAGGGUAUAUCAAGGAUUUACUGGUGAAACCCGAUAAAUCGAGAUAAUUAAAUUUUUCUUUGAAAUAAGAAAACAUUGUGGAAAUUGCACUUAGUUCCAAUUUCAAAAACCUGUUUGCUCAACUUAUCGGGUUUCACCAAUAAACUCUCGAUAUACAGGACAGAAAUUCGUACCUAAUGAACUGCCAACAUUUUCAUUGCAAAGCAGCUCUUGUAAAUUAACCUAUAAGAAUAGUAGACUAUUACAAUGGUCUACAUUGCUGCUAAUGUUACAGAAUGAAAGGAUUUUGUUUUUCUGGAGCCAGGGAUGAAUAAUUUGGACUUUACACAAGAAUUUAAUGAUUAAAUUUUGUAGGGCAUCUUAUAAAUAGUAAUUCUUUGCAGUCAUAAAACCAUUAAAAAGUUACUCCCACGGCAACAUAAUCAAUAAUAUCGUAAUCAAUCUCGUAAUAAGAAGUGUAUUUUAGUAGUUUGAUAGAGAUCAAUCUGUGUUUGGGAAUAACUAUUAAAUUAAUAAAUGAUUGU